AGGUCAGGAUGCGUGCAACAGAUGCGCACUGGGGAAUAAGCCGUUAAUACCCAGAGGACUCAGAGACUUAUUAAGAGAAAACCCUCAACCGUGUGUAGAAUAACCUUUUUUUUUUAAAUAAUUGAGAGACUUUUUUCAAUUUGUGCACUUUCUUGAAACACUUUGACGCGCAUCACUGUGGACUCUUUGUGGAAGUUUCCUGGGCCGAGCCUGGACAUAUCCAACAUGGUGGUCCAUGGUGUGUCACCCAAACGCAGGUGCCGCAGCAGCAGCAGCAGCAGCAGCAGGUGAAGCUUAAUCUCUGCCGCCUGGACACGCGUGGAAUGAAAGCGUGGAUUUUUACUAGGGAGCAUGCCGCCCAAGAAAAAGGGAGAGCGUCAGGACUCAGACGCUUUUGAGGAGAGGAAUGCCCAGGUUCAGUUGGAGAAAGCAAAGUACAAGGCUGUGGCCUUUGCCGUACGCUGCAACUUCUCCUACAUGCCGGCCGAUGAUGACAACGUACCAGUGCCCGGCCAGGCGGUCACCUUUGAGGCCAGAGACUUCCUCCACGUCAAAGAGAAAUUCAACAAUGAAUGGUGGAUUGGCCGGCCAGUGAAGGAGGAUGGUGUGGUGGGCUUCAUCCCCAGUCCAGUCAACCUAGAAACCAUCCUGAUCCGACGAGAAGUACAGGCCAGGAAGGCUGCCAAGGCCUUAGCCAACAAAGCAGCAUCACAAGUGGCUCAAGAUAUGAACACCAAAAAGUACACGCCUCCUUCACAAGCCAACCAGCAGGUGAAAAAGAAGCCGGGCGAGCAGGUUUCCAUGUAUGACGUUGUGCCUACCAUGCGUCCUGUGGUUCUCAUGGGACCAUCGCUGAAGGGCUUAGAGGUGACAGACAUGAUGCAGAAAGCUCUAUUUGACUUUUUGAAACAUAGAUUUGAAGGCAGGAUCACUAUCACACGGGUCACAGCAGACAUCUCUCUGGCCAAGCGCUCCAUACUCAACAACCCUGGAAAAAAAGCCUUAAUCGACCGUUCCAACACCCGCUCCAAUUUAGAUACUGCUGCCCAGAUCCAGGGUGAAGUGGAGCGCAUAUUUGAACUUGCGCGCAGCCUGCAGUUGGUUGUUCUGGAUGCAGACACCGUCAACCACCCUAUACAGGUUUCCAAGACCUCCCUGGCUCCGAUCCUUGUUUAUGUCAAGAUAUCUUCUCCAAAGGUUUUGACCAGGCUGAUCAAGACCAGAGGCAAGUCUCAGACCAAACAUCUCAAUGUUCAGCUCGUGGCUGCAGACAAGCUGGCCCAGUGUCCGCCGGAGAUGUUUGACGUCAUCCUAGACGAGAACCAACUAACGGAUGCCUGCGAGCACAUUGCAGAUUAUUUGGAGUCCUACUGGAGAGCCACCCAUCCUCCAGAGAUGGAGCCCGCCAACGCGCUGGUGGCCCAGCUGGCUGAGAACACUCUGCCCACUGGUCCCACAAUCAUGCCGGACGAGCAGAAGAACAAGAAGCCAACAGCCCCCAAGAGAAAGGGUUCCCACGACAACCCCCCCACCCAGGACACCCCCUCAGCCCGGGAGCAGGGGGCCCACGAGGGUCAAAGAGAGGACGAGGACGACGAGCACCUCCCGAGGACGGAAGCGAAGAGAGCCCAGCACUCGCGUCAUCACCAUCACCACCACCACCACCACCACCACCGCAAGACGGAGCCCCAGCGCCAGGCUCCGUCAACAGGACACACCCACAGGCUUCCUCACGGGGUUCUCCCUGAGGAGGAGGAGGAGGCAGUGGAGGAGGAUGUCCGCUAUAAACACAGAGAUCGCCACCAUAACCACCACCACCAUCGUCAUCACCGUGGUAGCAGCCAGCCGCACGGCGAGGAGGACUACGAGCAGGACCACAAUGAACACAACCGGCAGCACAGGCCUCAGCAUCCGGACCAAAACCCUGCAUACAACUACCACCAUGGCCACAGCCGAAACAGGGAGAGGAUGAAGGUCAGGGAAAGAGACGUGAGGCUGAGGGACUCACACUUCCACUAGUUUCUUCUCCAGCUUUGGCUCCACCUGUGCAUAUACAGUAUGUAUGUACUGGAUGUGCACUGGUUCCACAGCAAGAUGAAAAACAUCACUUCUUAGGUUUAACUUCUCACUAACAUGGUCAUGGUUUUUUUUGCUGUGUCAGCUGAAUUUAUCGCUCAGGUUGUCCUGAAUCCCCACGCAUUUACAUUUAUUGGUGUAGGAACCAUAUUUGCCAACUUGUUGGUUAUAGAAAGUGAUCACAUUCCUGUUCAUGCACCAUCUUUGUCGGAUUUCCAAUUGGAUUCAGGUCUGGGCUCUUUUACUAAUUUCCUUUUCUUCUGGCGAAGCCAUUCUGUUGUUAAUGUGGGUGUCACACUAAAAGGUGAAAUUAAAUAGUCACUCUUAUUCUUCUUUUCUUACUUUUGCGUGAUUUCUCCCAGCCUACCAAUUUGUCACCGUCCCCUAAAAGACAUGCAUCUUCCAAUUAUGGGAAAUUGUCUGUUUUUCUCUGAAAAACUACACAUAUUUCUUUCACUUUUAAAAUAAAGUAAAGUAAAAUUUUA